GUUGCCAAUAGUGUAAUGGUGAUGAUCUUAUACUUUCUUCUAUUUUACGAGAAUUAUAUUGAUUCCAUACCCAUUCAUAAUAUGAAAUUUUAUGAUUAUAAGCAUUCAUAUGUGACUACUUUUUCUAAUAUGACACUUUCCAACCAUAAGCAGAAAACCAUCGCAGUAUGGACAACUUUUUUCCGAUAUAUGUCAUGGUUAGAUAGUAUUAAUUUUGUCUUAUCAAAAUGUCGUUAUAAAUGUCGAGCCACUGGAAGAGAGGGAAUAGCCCAAAGUGAUGCAGUAUUAUUCCACUAUCAAAGGCAUGACCUUCAUGUAAAAGAUUUGCCAAAGAAGAGAAACCCGAAUCAAAUUUGGAUUAUUUACUUACUUGAACCAACAACGUACAUAGAACGUAACAUUGUUGAAUUAAAUGGCCUCUUCAACUGGACUAUGUCUCAUAGAAGGGAUUCCACUGUUUUUGCACCCUAUGGAUCCUUCAUAGAAAGACCCUCCCCAAAUGACAUAAGACCACUGUCAAACAGAAAAAAGUUUGCUUUUGCUGUGUUUAGUCGCUGUAAUGACAACGGCAAACGUUAUCGAAUUGUGAGAGAAUUGCAGAAAUAUAUCAAUAUAGAUAUUUUUGGAUCUUGUGGUUCAUUGAAAUGUGAUACAAAAUCACAGCAAUGUUUAUCUACAGAACGGGCACAGGAUUAUCUCUUCAGAUUAUCAUUUGAAAAUUCUCAUUGCAAGGACUACGUCACAGAAAAACUAUGGUUUCCCUUAAAACAAGGCGUGAUACCGGUGGUGAAUUGGGCCAAAGAACAAAAGGAGACAAGAGUCAACUCAAGUCACGUGAUAAAUAUAUACGACUUUAGCAAUAUCAAAGAUCUAGCAAACUACCUGAAAUCUGUCGCAACAAAUGAAACAUUAUACAAUAGUUACUUUUCUUGGAGGAAAACUUUAGAUGUGGAAACAUCUCAUUUUCACGCAUUUUGUAAACUCUGCAAAAAGUUACAUCAGCCUCAAAUCCUAAGACAGGUAUACUCUGAUCUUGAUGGCUGGGUAUCCAGUGAUAUUUGUCCUAAAUACAAGUAUGUGCAGCACAUUGUAGGAUGGAUAGACAGGUGGAUACUCUUUCCAGUCGGACUAUAAGUCUAC